AUGAAGGCAUCACUUCGAGCGGCUGGUCGUGGAGGCGCCCGGAACUGGAGGAAGGAGGAUCUGGACCAGACAGCGCUGAUCCAGGCCUUCACGCAGCACGCUGUCCAGCAUGGACCUCUGAGCCUUCUCCAAUUCGGCCCGUACUUGGGCCUCCCGACCACGAGGGCCAUCAUGGGGGCGGAGCUGGUCCGGCUGUCUCCUAUCCUCAGAAUGUUCCUGGCGCAGAUCCCUGCGGGCAAGGUCAAGCUCACUUGCUUGCGCACCCUGUACAUCAAGUUCUGCUCGCAGCACCCGGCCGUGUGGCAUUUCUUGGGGACGCAGAAGUCGCUGAGCGACCAUGCGACAGACUGCGCCAACACUUGCCUGACUAUGCUCGCCCAUGCUCGGCGUCUCACGGAUGAAGUGAAGUUCCGCCAGGCAGCGUCGGGCCUCACCACAUCGGAAGCGCAGGUGCUGGAAAGUCUCCGAGACCACUUCCGAAUGCAGCGGCACCAGCCCCUAUCAGCCGACGAGGCUGAGGGGGGCGACUCCGGCGCCGGGGUGGGAGAGGUGGACCUGGACCACCUGUCCGACUUUUUGGCGUCACAGGAGCUGCCUGCAGAUCUCGAAAAGCGGUCAGGAACAAAACAGGUUCUGAAGCGGCCCGCCCAGCGUGCGCCAAGCGCAGUACAUGCCAGGAAGAAGCCCGCUGCCAGCAGCGCGGACAUCUCCAAGGAGGAGGCUCUGCGGCAGUUCCCACAAGGCUGCGGCAAAUGCCGUGGAAAGCCGGGCUGCUAUCGCAGCUGCCAUAAGUAUCGUGGGUUCCGCCUGAUUGAGUAG